UACACUGAUUCGGUGGAGAAUCUGCAAUCAGAGAACGUUCUUCAGACCCUGUACUGCGCUGAGAAAUAUGAUUUACCGUGGUUGGCGAAGAUCUGCACUGACUUCGUCCUCGUUCAGUUGAAGCCCGACAACUGUUUGACGUACCUGGAAAAUGCCGUACGCUGGGUCCCGGAUUGUUCUAUUGCGAUUGAGAGAUGUCUGAAUUUGGUCGACGAAUUCUGCGCGGCCGUUCUGCAAUCGGAUUACUGGCCGAAACUGGAACGGACCACGCUGGAGACGGUUUUGCAGCGUGAUACUGUGUCGGCAGAAGAGAAUGUUAUCUACUUGGCUGUUGAGAAAUGGGCGGCCGCGGCAUGCGCGCGCAACAACCUGGACACAUCCGCUGCUAACCGCCGUGAGAUGUUGGGACCGGCCUUGUCGCUAGUACGAUUUCCGCUACUCACGGACGCCCAGUUGGCUGACGGUCCUAUUGAGAGUGGAUUGCUGUUAUUGAACGAACUGCGCGACAUCUACGUGCACAAGCACACCACGAAGCUGGCCAAGCAGCCCGCGGCCUUUCGCACGGAUCCGCGUGUGUAUUCAGUCCACCGCACCGACCAGCCCGCCUUUAAACAUCGGGAGAAAGUCUUCGUCAGAUGCCCGGGUGGAGUCGGCUGGUACCCGGCGAAGGUGAUGGGGAUGCAGGAUGCGCGGUUUGUCUUGGAAUGGUACUCGCAGCUGAUGAAGGAGAAGACGGCCCCGCCGGAGGAUAUCAUCCGGGCCGCGGAUAUCCUGAAACGCGGUCGGAGCGUUGAGGCCUUCGACGGCAGUGUCUUCGUGGAGGGGACGUAUGGGACGCGACGCGCGGCGCGGCACAUCGUCAAUCUGGCGGGCCGCGAGCGCAGCGCUGAAUUCGCUGAACUGAUCAUCCCGGAGAAGGAAGCUGAGCUAUGGAAAGCGCAGACUACUGCUUCUGCCAAUUAACUGAUAUCUGUUGAUUCAUUUUUCCAGUCAGAGAUCGCCCAGGGAUCGUGCCUGCCGGCUUUGCGGGAUGGGUGUUAUGUUAAGGUUGUGAUUGGUGUGUUGAUUUUGCAUUUUUGCUUUCAUAUUUUUCUAAGUCAAUCUAAAUGUGUAUUUAUUUAUAUUUUUUUGUAUUAGCUUUUAUUUUUCAUAUGCAUGACAACUGUGUCUUCUUGUCAGAUUAUUUUGUAAGCAGUCAGGUUCUGUGAGGAAGAGCAGACUUUGCUCUGCUGACUAUACGCUUUUAUUUAUGCAGACAACGUAAACCUUUAAAAAGUUGAA